AUGGCUAUCAAGAUGUUUUUUGGUAGAAAGCUAUAUAAUAUUAUCUCCGCAUAUGUUCCUCAGAUUGGAAGAAGUGAAGAAGAGAAAGAUAUAUUUUGGGACAGUCUAUUGGGGGUGACAUCGAAACUGGCAAAUGAAGAGAGGAUUAUCCUGGCUGGUUAUCUGAAUGGACAUGUGGGAGCGAGUAGUGAGGGUUAUGAAAGAGUACAUGGAGGGUUCAGUUACGGCAUGAGAAAUUUGGAAGGAGAGAGGAUUUUAGAUUUUAGUGAUGCUACGGAUAUGAUUAUCUGUAAUACAAUGUUUAAGAAAGAAUCAGAGAAGCUGAUGAAUUAUAAGUCGGGUAGUACUAAAAGUGCAGUGGAUUACUUGUUAUUAAGGAGAUGUGAUCGAUGUAUAGUAAAAAAUGUGAAAGUGAUACCGGGAGAGGAAUGUAUAAAUCAGCAUCGACUAGUUGUAGGAGAUCUCACUCUUAAAGGUGCCAGGGUCACUAAAAGAAAGUUUGUGCCAAGGCUGAAGGUUUGGAAAUUGAAGGAGGAGAAUGCUAGACGUCAAUUCAAUAUGACAUUGGCGAUUAGGGAGGAAGCUAUGAGUAUGGCUAAAAGAAAUGCUAAGAAAUUAAUAGCGAUGGCUCAAGAAGAAAAAAGACAUGAGUUUGCUAAAGAAAUGGAAUGCGCUGAUGGAAUUCGAAAUAUGGUUCGAACAGAUGUCAAAAAAGAGGCAGGAUGUGAUGGGUGUUGA